GGAUUUCGCAGCGACGGUCCGUUCGUGUCAGUCUGUCAAGUCUGUGUCCGUUCGUUAAUCGAUCAUUCCGGAUUCCGGGAAUCGGUGUCGGUGCCGCGGGAUCGCUCGGGAGUCGGGAUCGCUCGUGCACGUCAUUCGUUGGUGGGAACGGCCUCGAAAGGGCAAUCCGACAACGGAAGAUUCGGGAGAACUGGAAGGAAGGCGAUCCGAGUGUUGCAACGGAUCGGCGCCGCGCAGUACGCACGAUACGUCAAACGGUGCGUGAAGCGCGGAUAUACUGUGGCCUGUGGCCUGUGGCGCGGAGCUGGAGUCUGCUGGAGCUGGAGCAUGAUAGUUGCCAGGCGGCAAGGCCAGCGCGCGCGCAUAUCUCUCUGCGCGUGAACCCCUUCCCCCCGUGCGUGUACCCCGUUUUCUCACGGCCGUGCGUGAGAAUCUUGCGGUGAGGAGAUGCGACGGUAUCGGCGACGCGUGACGACAACGCGACAGUACGCCGUGUGACGCCGCUCGGGAUCUGGAGGAUUUGCAUCGCCGCCGCUGCCGACGAAGAGGAGCAGGGGGGAAAGAUCUCACGGGGCGUCCCCGGUCCCCGGAAACACGCCGGACGCUAUGACGAGAUAACAGAUGCAGAAUGAGGCGCAGCAGCAGCAGCGGUAACCUAUUCGGUUACGCGGUCCUCACAUUCACCCUCACUCGUCUCAAGGUACACGCAGAAGGCGGAGUUGCUUGCAAGGACCAACAUGGGCACUCUUAUGAGAGCGGCUAUCAUUAUAUUCCUGGACCUGAACCGUGUACCUUCUGCAUUUGUGACAAUGGCAAUCCAAAAUGGUGCAAAGCAUUUAUUUGCAAAUUUCUCGAGGAGAAUUGUAAGUCUUUUCGGCGAGGCAAUACCUGUUGCGAAUUUAUUUGCCUGGACGACACAUUGUCAUCGAUAUCGAACGACAAGGCUGACGAAGCAGGGACUAAUGUGAUAGAUGGAAACGCAAAUUACGAUAUAGGUCUACGAUCGGUUGCCAGUUUCGUGACAGCAAUAUUUUCACUGAGUCUAUUAUUUUUUCUGAUACACCGUCUGCGCCAACGUAAGAUACAAGGUAACGCAAUGUAGGAUGUUUCGAGUCUGUGAAGAGAGGUUUCAGCAGUUUUUCCAAGGAACAAUGAUCCAUGUAUCGCUAUAUAUUUAGAAUUAAUAUAAGUAAUUAAAGGCGCGCUCUUUUUCACAAACUUGAAAAUAUAAAAAUAUAUGUACAGCCCUAGGUAAAAGUUUGAACGCAUCGGGAGUAAAUGCAAAGAGUUAAGAUUAAUUAAGUGAAUAAAUGAUUAUGACAUUGCUUCAAACAUGCUUCCAAGUUGUAUCGAAGAUAUGUGGGAAGACGGUGGAAACUCGGAAAUCUUCCCGAAAUGACAUGGCCCCCUUAGCCACUGGAUUAGAGCCACUCAUUGGCCCGUAUUUAUAGUCCUUAUUUAUUUCAAGACCGUCUUAAGUAAUGUCUUAAGGCUCCUGGUCCCUGAGCCGAGAACUCUGCGUUGACGGUG